AUGACCACCAUCAAAGUUGCAGUCGUAGGAGCCAGCGGCGAGUCAGGCCGAUCCAUUGUGAAUGCCCUGUUGGAAUCAACAGAUCCCAAGUUUGAAGUGACGGCCUUGACUCGGCCCCAAUCAUUGAACAAACCAGUGAACGCUCAGUUACAGUCACGCGGUGUGAAGAUAGUUCCCGCAGACCUGCGUGGGCCUUCCGAAAAGCUCGUUGCAACUCUUACGGGUAUCGAUGUGGUCAUCUCCGCAAUCUUUUUCAACAGCCUCGAUGACGAGUAUCCUCUUGCCGAUGCUGCCAAGGCGGCUGGGGUCAAGCGGUUCGUCCAGUCUGCGUUGAUGAUUGUGAUCCCUCCAAGAGGUGUUGUAUCCUUCCGUGACAAGAAAGAGGAGAUUCUGAACUACAUCCAGAAGAUCUGUCUUCCGUACACAUACAUCGACGCAGGAUGGUGGCACCAAAUUAUGGUUCCUCGGCUCCCUUCAGGCCGCUUCGACCAUAUUGUCUCUUCUGCGCAUGGAGAUAUGCCUAUUGCGCUGGACGGCAACGUUCGCACUGCCCUGUCAGACCUUCGCGAUGUCGGGCGGUAUGUUGCAAGGAUUAUUGCCGACCCUCGCACGUUGAACAAGCGGGUGCACGUAUACAAUGAGGUGUAUACGCAGAACAAGGUCUAUGAAGUCGUCGAGCGACUGAGUGGAGAAAGGCUACCUCGCAAAUACAUCUCAGAUGCGGAGGCUCUUGCUCAGGUCAAGAACGCUCGGGAAGCGUACAAACAAAACCCAAAAGAUAUGCGUUCUCUAGGCGAAUGGACAAACGCUCAGCUGCUGUACUCUUGGGGUAUCCGAGGGGACAAUACACCCGAGUAUGCCCAAUUUCUGGGCUAUCUGAAUGGAAAGGAGCUGUAUCCGGAUUUUGAGUAUAUCACGUUUGAGGAUUAUGUCAAGGAGGCACUCGAAGGAAAGGUAAAGGGAGUGUAUCAAGGGUAG